AUGGGAAAGAGCUGGCAAAGCAGAGACGAGCAGGCCUGCCCCAAGAAGAAGCCCAUCAGAGUCAUCAGUGGGCGGUCCAGUGACCGUCUCCCAUGGCGCGUGCCGCCGGCCGUCCCGGCGGGGGGCGUCACCCCUGCCUUUAUUUUCCAAUUAGCUCGUCGUCUGCGGCGUGUCAGAGUCGCUAAAUGGCAUCUUUUUCCUUUUUUUCCCCUCUCCCCCACCAUUCCCCCGCUUCCCUGGACUCCAGACUUUAACUAUAACACAGAUGGCUACGAAGGGGACGGAGCAGACGAUGGGAAGUCCCAGGACGGCUCGGAGACGCUGCCCUACAUAGAUGAGUCGCCCACCAUGUCGCCCCAGCUGUGUGCCCCCCAGGGGCCCGACGGAGAAGCAGUGUCCCCCACACCACCAGAGAGCCUGCUGGCUGGGAAGCAACAAGAGGAGAGAGGAGGUGGUGAAAAGACAGGGGAAAGAGCGAAGAAAACCAUGGAGGAGGAAGAGGAGGAGGCGCUGUGCUACUUGGACAGGGUGCUGGAGGAGGAAGAAGAGGUGUUUGAAUACGGAGAUGGGGAGCUGGAUCCCAUCACUCCGACACAUAGGCAGUUCAAGGGAGACAUAGAGAAGGGGCUGGAGAUGAAGAAACUGGUCCUGUCUGGUUUCCUGGCCAGCGAGGAGAUCUACAUCAACCAGCUGGAGUCACUUCUGCUGGUGAGACGCGCACGUCCCAUGAGGCCCCUGAGAGCCGCAGCCUCUACCUCCCAGCCCGUGCUGACCAUCCAGCAGAUAGAGACCAUCUUCUACAAGAUCCAGGACAUUUUCGAGAUCCACAAAGAGUUCUACGACACCCUGUUUCCCAGCAUCCAGCAGUGGGACGAGAAGGUCACUGUGGGACAUUUGUUCCAGAAGCUGGCCAGCCAGCUGGGGGUCUACAAAGCCUUCGUGGACAACUACAAGGUCGCGCUGGAGACGGCGGAGAAAUGCAGCCAAGCAAACAACCAGUUCCAGAAGAUUUCUGAGAACCUCAAAGUUAAAGGCCCUAAAGACUCCAAAGAUUGCACCACAACAAUUUCAAUGGAGGGUAAGUACGUGCUCGUGUGCGUGCGCGCUCACGUGCGCUUUUCUCUCCUUUACAAGCCGAUAGACCGCGUUACCAGAAGCACUCUGGUCCUUCAUGACCUGCUGAAACACACUCCGAAAGACCACCCAGACUUCCCCCUCCUGAAGGACGCCCUGCGGAUCUCUCAGAACUUCCUCUCCUCCAUCAAUGAGGAGAUAGACCCUCGUCGGACCGCUGUCACUACACCCAAGGGAGAGGCCCGCCAGCUGGUGAAGGAUGGAUUUCUGGUGGAGGUGUCGGAAAGCUCCAGGAAGCUACGGCACGUCUUCCUCUUCACCGACCUGCUGCUCUGUGCCAAGAUGAAGAAGACGGCUGUGGGUCGCCAUCAGCAGUAUGAGUGCAAGUGGUACAUCCCCCUGGCCGACUUGACUUUCCAAACCUUGGACGACUCGGACUCCUGCCAUAGCAUUCAAGUCCUGCCUGAGCAUGAAAUUGAGGAGAUCAAGAUCAAGAUCUCGGCCUUAAAGAAUGAGAUUCAGAAAGAGAAGAAAGCUCCGAAGGGCCAGAGUCGUGUGGAUCGUCUGAGGAAGAAGAUGAAUGAGCAGGAGUCCUGGCUGCUCCUGCACUCCCCCACUAUCCCCUUCCGCAUCCACAACAAACACGGAAAGAGCUUUCUGUUCCUCCUCUCUUCUGAUUAUGAGAGGUCAGAGUGGAAAGAAAGCAUUCAGAAACUCCAAAAAAAAGAUCUCCAGGCGUGUGUGUUAAGCCCCGUAGAGCUCCAGGUCCUGACCAACUCUUGUUUAAAACUCCGAACUGUACACAAUAUUCCUGUCACCAGUAACAAGGAUGAUGAGGAAACUCCUGGCCUGUACGGCUUCCUGCAUGUGAUUGUCCGUUCUGCCAAAGGAUUCAAGGAGUCAGCCAAUCUAUACUGCACCCUUGAAGUGGAUUCAUUCGGUUACUUUGUCAGCAAGGCCAAGACCCGAGUCUUCAGAGACACCACAGAGCCUCAGUGGAACGAAGAGUUUGAGAUCGAGUUGGAGGGCUCCCAGUACCUGCGGAUCCUUUGCUACGAGAAGUGUUACGACAAAAGCAUGCUCAACACGGACGACAACGAGAUCGUGGACAAGAUCAUGGGGAAGGGGCAAGUCCAGGUAAGAAGACAGCUGCCGACAGGCCACCACAGGAAUAGCCCAUGCACAAAGAGGGACGUCUGUGUCCCGUUGGGGAGACUUUCCUCCAUGUGA